GUUUUGUUUGAUUUUUAGGUUAAAAACCAUAAACUUAAAAACCGUCAACCUGAAAAACCUUUGCUUAUCUACUGCAUUGUAUAUCGGAUAUGGGUAUUUAUUAGCUCAAGUUUUUUUUAGUAAUAAAUCAGUGAUGGCUUUUAAUUUCGGUUCAACCCCAACUACCAAUGCACCAGCCACAGGUUUUACACUGCCUACAAAUCCAACUACCACUGCAUCCACAACAGGAUUUCAAUUAGGUGUUGGUUCUGGAGACAACAAGCCUCAAACUGGUGCCACCUUAUUCAAGGCUCCAUCAUAUGUCUCCAAUAAUAGUCCCUCCAGUUUUUCUGCACUAGCACCUCCACAGGCUAAAACUACUGCUCCAGCAUUUGGCAUCUCCACUCAGUCAACUGCACCUGCAGUAUCACUUGGAACAUCAGGUUUAUUUUCAACAGCAACAUCAGCAACCCCCCAACUCAAUCAGUGGACUAGUAAAGCUUCUUCAACUACCCCUUCACUUUUUGGAUCUUCAACAGCCACCUCUGGUACUACCCCUACAACAACUGCUACAGGUUUAUCAUUCUCCACUCCUAGUAGUUCUGCUCCUGCAGCCAAAUUAUCAUUUGUGGUGCCUUCAACUACUACUGUUGCAUCAUCUGUUCCUGCCCCAACAACAUCAACUGUAUUGGCCCCGACCAGCGUCACCUCUUCCGUAUCCACUAUCCCCGCCACUGGCUCGCUCACCUUCGCCCAGCUCGAGGACUCGAUCAAUAAGUGGACGGUUGAUCUCGAGGAGCAGGGCAAGUUCUUCGUCAACCAGGCCAAGCAGCUGAACGCGUGGGACUCGCUGCUGAUCUCCGACGGCGCCAAGAUCCUGCAGCUGAACGGCGGCAUCGAGCGCGUCAAGCAGCAGCAGCGGCAGCUCGACCAAGAGCUCGACUUCGUGCUGGCGCAGCAGCGCGAGCUGGAGGAGCUGGUGGCGCCGCUGGAGAAGGAGCUGCUCGAGGUGCCCGUCGGCGAUAUCGAUAGGAAUCAGAUGUAUCAGUUUUCUGAAAUCAUUGAUUCACAGUUGAAACAAAUGUCAGAUGAUCUGAAAGAAAUUAUCGAACACAUCAAUGAGUCCAACAAGGAUGAAGAAACUACGAAUCCGAUAACCCAAAUAAGUCGAAUUCUCAAUGCUCACAUGAAUUCCUUACAAUGGAUUGAUAGAAACACAGCCCAGAUUAGUUCCCAUUUAGAGCAAAUCACUAAAAUACAGGAUUCUAACAGAAGAAGUUUCUCACUCAAUAAUUCAAUGACUAUGUAGUUAAUUCAGUUUGUUUGCUAUCAAGUGUAAUUUUCAGUCAAAACAUGUGUUUUUUUUUUCAUUAUUUUAUUAUAGGUUUGCAUUU